CAUAUAAGAAAUCAUGGUUUUACUGACGAAGGGAUUCUGUUGCAUGGACCUAAACGUGGCCUGCACAAUUAUUGCAUUUACUGAUGUGAUUAUCAAUACUAUUAUGGCUGUUGUUUUUGAGCACGAUUUUAGCUAUAAUGUUUGGAUGGCCUUCCUGAUACUGCAAAUUACUUCAUCCAUAUUACUUAUGUAUGCUCUGGCUGCUGAAUCACAUCGGUUUUGUUUACCCUUUUUGCUUAUCACAUUUGCGCGUUUAGUGUGGGCCAUAAGUCUGUUCAUUCUUCAACUUUAUAAUGUUGAAAACUAUGUAUUUCUAGCUAGCGAAAUUUGUAUUAUUGUUAUCGAUUCCUAUUUCUGGAUCACUGUUUACUCAUUCUAUUUGUAUUGUGGCGGAGAAGCCUUGUGCUGGGCUUGAAAAAUAAUAAUCUGUGUGUUUUAAUGUAUGCA